UCCCCCUGGUCCCACUGGGGUCUGCUGGGACCCUGCAGGCAGCUCCGCCAGGCUCCCGCAGGACCAGGGCCGCCAGGUGACAGGCAUCGUUUUGGCCUUGGCUCCAUGGACCCUCUCAGGCGGUCCGCGUCCCCCUGCUCGGGGUCAUCACGGCCCUCCAGCCCCCGGACCCCGCCCUGCGAGACACUGGGCAGCUACGUGGGCAUCGAGGCCGUGCUGGACCAGCUGAAGAUCAAGGCCAUGAAGAUGGGGUUUGAGUUCAACAUCAUGGUGGUGGGGCAGAGCGGGCUGGGCAAGUCCACCAUGGUGAACACGUUGUUCAAGUCCAAGGUCUGGAAGCCCACCCUUCAGGGCUUGGGGGUGCCCACACCCCAGACUACGCAGCUGCAGUCGGUGACCCACGUCAUAGAGGAGAAGGGGGUGAAGCUGAAGCUGACAGUGACGGACACACCCGGCUUCGGGGACCAGAUCAACAAUGACAAGUGCUGGGACCCCAUCCUGGGCUUCAUCAACCAGCAGUACGAGCGGUACCUGCAGGAGGAGCUCCUCAUCACCCGCCAGCGCCACAUCCCCGACACGCGGGUGCACUGCUGUGUGUACUUCGUGCCGCCCACCGGCCACUGCCUGAGGCCCCUGGACAUCGAGUUCCUGCAGAGGCUGUGCCAGACUGUGAACGUGGUGCCCGUGAUUGCCCGGGCCGACAGCUUGACCAUUGAAGAGCGAGAGGCCUUCAGGCGCAGGAUCCAGCAGAACCUGAAGACUCACUGCAUUGACGUGUACCCCCAGCAGUGCUUUGACGAGGACAUCAACGACAGGAUCCUCAACAGCAAGAUCCGGGACCGGAUCCCCUUUGCUGUGGUCGGGGCUGACCGAGAGCACCUGGUGAACGGCAGGUGUGUCCUGGGCCGGAAGACAAAGUGGGGCAUCAUCGAAGUGGAGAACAUGGCGCACUGCGAGUUCCCCCUCCUGAGGGACCUGCUCAUCCGCUCGCACCUGCAGGACCUGAAGGACAUCACGCACAACGUGCACUACGAGAACUACCGCGUCUGCAGGCUCAACGCCAGCCACGCGCUGCCCCGCGGCCCCGGCUGGGUGAACCUGGCUCCGGCCCCCGGCAGCGCCCCCAGCAGCCCCCCCGCGCCCCCCAGGUCCGCCAGGGUCCGCGUGCGCGCCCGCGCCGGCUCCGACCAGGAGGACUGA